AUGUAGACAUUUAAGCCUGCGUUAAAGAUUGUAGCUUUUUCUGAUGAAGAACAAGGAGUGUUGUUAUUUUGGAUUGCUUGCAUACUGCCAUUAGAGCUAAUCAAGUAGAGGUUGAUUUACUUAUCAAGGUUAUUCUAUAUUCCAAUGAAAUAAAUGGAAUUGUCAGAAUUAGCAAAAACGGCAUAGAAAGGAUCUGAAACAUUAAAGAUUCCGCUUCCUUUCGUAGAAACAAAAAUGCUUAGUACUUGUUUGUCUUGCUAGAAAUAAAAGUAACCAGGAAUCGAAACAUUACCUGUCCUAUAUGUGAAAAAACCUAGAUUCUGUUUAAUAAGAGUGACUUUGAUUAUUUAAGAGUUAGCAUCAGAUGUAAUACUAUUGGAAGCCAAAAGAGUCAUUUAUACAGAAUUUUAUACUUUUCCAAGCUAAUAAAGAGAAAUAGUAAUUAUGUUUUGGUCUUGA